UUCCAUUAUAAAUCAAAACCCUCCGAUCCCCACUAAACCAAUCCAUAUACUCUCUCUCUAAAAGAAGAAGAAGAGGAAGAAAAGAAAUAAUGGCAAGCAAUGAGAUUAUUUCUACAACUACUUGGCAAAGGAGGUUAGAAGGAAAGGUGGCCCUAAUAACCGGUGGCGCAAGUGGGAUUGGCGAAUGCACUGCAAAACUCUUUGUCCACCAUGGUGCCAAAGUAGUCAUCGCAGACAUCCAAGACGACCUCGGUCAUGCACUAUGUGCCAACGUGCUCGGCUCGACCAACUCUCUCUAUGUUCACUGCGAUGUCACAGAGGAAUCCCAAGUCCAAGAGGCAGUGGCAGCUGCCGUAGAAACCUUCGGCAAGCUCGACAUCAUGAUGAACAAUGCUGGCAUAGCCGACCCCAGCAAGCCUCGAAUCAUCGACAAUGAUAAACAUGACUUUGAUCGAGUCCUCAGCAUCAAUGUCACUGGUGUCUUCCUCGGCAUCAAACAUGCGGCACAGGCUAUGAUCCCAGCCAAAACUGGCUCGAUUUUAUCGACUGCAAGUGUGGCAUCUUAUACCGGUGGCUCUGCAUCGCACGCUUACACAUGCUCGAAGCACGCAGUGGUGGGGCUAACGAAGAAUGCUGCGGUGGAGUUGGGACAGUUUGGGAUUAGGGUAAAUUGCUUGUCGCCUUUUGCAUUGGUGACGCCGUUGGCCACGAAGUUUGUGGGGUUGGAUGGGCCGGAGUUUGAGAAGAUUAUGGGUUCUAAGGCAAAUUUAAAAGGAGUAACGCUUAAGGCUGAAGAUGUGGCUAAUGCAGCUUUGUUUUUGGCAAGUGAUGAAAGUAGGUAUGUGAGUGGCCAUAAUUUGUUCAUCGAUGGAGGUUUUAGUAUUGUUAAUCCUAAUAUCGAUAUUUUCCAAUACCCUCAAAAUUAAGAGCCAUGUUGAGACUAAACUAAGUCAGUACUUCGAAAUAAACGAGAAGGCAGAUUUCUAAAUCUAUAUGAAAUGGUUAAAUGUGGUUGCCUCAUUAAAUAAUACUACCCUUUAUGCUCUUAAUUAGCUAUUGUUUAAGAUUGAAUUUUAUUAUAUAUUUGAAAGAGAAGAUUUGUCAACA